CUUCGAGACCAAGACGUGACAACUUGCCACAGCCGGUCUCAGACCCUACGUGCUUCGAAGAUUUCCCUGGCCGCCGCGAUCAACAUAAUUUCUCUCGCUUGGACGAAAAGCUCGAUACCUGCUCAUCACAAAAUGUUCCCUCGCGUUGUCUCAUUCUUCCGCGUGUUCAUCUUGGUAGCUUUCCUGGCUGGUUUCAUCCCAUCCAGCACCGCGGGUCAGAGAACAUUCGUUCCGAACGGUCGCUAUGGACGUCGAGCCGAUAUUCCACCGAUUGUGGGUGUACAAUCUCUCCAGAAUGCCGGAGCCGACUCCGAAACUCCGAGUACACUACUCCUGAACGAGAAAGUCAUCUCGAAUCCAAUGUACGUGUGCACUCAUAUCGGCGUGGCGGAUUACUACCGCUGCGGCAGAAGAAGCGCCUCCGCCUUCAUCGGUGAAGAGGGAUCACGAUAGGUCAGCCAUGUAUGAGCUCCACCGUGUACUCAUCACCCACAGCUGGCGGGUCACACGUUCUGAAAGCCAGUGGAACCUGUCAUCAGAAUGAAGAAGUUAUCUCACCGAAAUGGGAAAUUCUAGCAAAUUCAAUCGAGAGUGAAACUGAAGGCGUAGAAUGGGAUAACGCCAUGAGUUCUGACGAGAUUCCUAGGCCUUUCGGCCUUCUGGAAGGGUUGUGGUGGGAUGUGAAAGGAAAAUUUAGAGCUCGAGGAGCUGUCUCUAAGGAGUCGACGCGUUCUCACCGGGGCGUACCAAUUCGUAAAACAGGAUCUGUCACUCGAACAAGAAGCAGAGGAUGAGCGCAGCAUCGCAGCUAAGAAAACUAAAUCAUUUGAAUAUGCUACUCAGUUGGUUAUGAUCCUCCUCUAUUGUACUCGAACUCGGAUCUCUUGGAAGAUCCAUCCGUGUCUUGGACAUUCCAGUGCUUACCAAUACAAAGAAAGGAACAAAUAAUUCGACCUUCGGAAAGCGAGAGGAGGAAGCCAGUAUUAGGCACAUCUGCCCAAAGAGGUCUUCAGCAGAGAUCACUUCAUGGUAGCAAAUAGAUUAUAUCGGGGCUCGAUCCCUCAGUCAGCUUUGAAGGAAAAGGUUUAAUGGUAAUAAUAUGCUCUCUUCGUAACUCGCGUGGAGACUCGUCCGGCUCCGCUCAACCGUCGCGGAAAAUCUGCUUCGGAGCUGGUGUCUCUGCAUUCUUGGUGUCAAAGUUCGACGUCAGCGGCGCUCAAGCCUCGAUCGAGAGCAAGGGAUUCGUUGUUGCUGAUCUCUGGUUCACUCGACAUCCGCUGGAGACCAUACUGGAGUCCAGACCGGAGUCCAGAACGGGCUCCACUUCCCCCGACACUCCCGAGGGCAGAUCUCAGUGGAGACAAAGUGAACUUCAAAGUGAAACAGUCUGUCCCUUGUACUCCGUGCUGUAAUAGGUUCCUCGCCGCCUCCUGCGUCACCCCAAUAAACAACCGUGUUAUCCACCCAGCUCAAA